AUGCCGGACUCGGAAUGGAAGCCUCAACCAGAUGACGAGACCAUCUACGGUAUCAAAGCCACUGGCGCCCCGACACAAUUUCUGGUCUCCGUGCCUCUUAAAGCCGUCGACAACCGAGAUGUGCUGCCAGACGUGGGCACCCGCGUUCGCAUCUAUACCCCUCUGCCGCAAGAAUUCCAUGUGUUGCCAGCCAGGCCUUUGACGGUGACACAGGUGGACUCGAUGACCCGAGCGCUUUGUCAAGCCUUGAGCCUCGCAGAGAACAAGGCCUACAACUGCCGCCGCGCUGAAGAACUGAAGAGAGCUGCGAGCCAGGCAAGCCAGGAUGACGACUACAGCGACCCAGAGGAAGAGGAACUUGAAUCGCUGGACGACAUUGCCACCUCUGCCUAUCUCCAAGCCGCAGCCCCCAAGGUCUUGAGCUACGUGGCAGCCUUCUCCGAAGAAGCAGACGCGGUCCUGCCUGACGCAGAAGAAUCGGUCAAACGAUACUUCGACGCCCUGAAGACCGCCCACACGCUCCGCAAGACUGACGACGAGAAAGACGUGGACCACCAACGACGCAUUCAUUCAUGGAUGAGCAAACAGACCGUGGUCUGCCGCACAACCCUUGACCAGAAACGUGGCCAACCACUGCCAGGCCUUCGUAUUCCCCUUCCCUCAGGAACUCUGGCUGAUGUGGCUAUCUUCGUCGUCUCCGCUCCAUCUCAACCAAACUGGCCGUACGGUUUCCGGCAACCACCCUUGACGAUCGACGUCAGACAAAAGUCUUUCCCAGCCAACCUGUCGGCUUACUGGCAAAAUUUGGCAGCCGCUGCGGGAAAGACAAUGGUUCGGAUUGACUACGACGUGGACGACAAGACAUGCAUGUUGGAAUGUGCAGCCGUCGCAGAACUCAAUGCCCUGGCUGAGGAAUCGGAAGCAACUGCUUGGUGGAAUCAUCUGGUUUCUUUCAGCCCCCACGUGACGCCGCCUGCCUACGACCUUACACAAAGGUUCACCGGCCUUGGCGAUGCCAUCGAUUCCGGACUGUUCAAGGGCCAACACGCAGAGGCAGUGGAAUGUCUCCGUCGCGCACGAAUGGGUCGAGCCUUCUACACGGGUGGCCCUGGAUCCGGCAAGUCUACUUUCGCGGUAUCCCUUGUGACAGCCAUUCUCGCUGGUAAGCAGAGAACCGUUGAACCAGUGCCCCGACCGGAAAGUCACAUGGAGGCUACCAUGCAUGAAUUCGGCCGCAAGGGCGACCUGCUUGUGGACUACAUUGCACCCACGCCGCCAGAGGACACGGUGGACGAAGACGACACCCAACAGCCUCCUGAUGACGAGUUUUCCUCCGGUCCGCAGGAACCGCUCGUUGGAACGGACUGGCUGGCCCCUGAAGGACAACUCGAGGACUUGGGUCCCAUCCUAUGGACGGCGCCACAGAACGCCCAGGUCAAAGACGCAGUGCAUAGACUUCAGCAACAGGCACCAAACAAAUUGGUCGUGCGCGUGUAUCCCUUUGAUCAGGAACUCCGCGCUCUGCUGGCAGCCGAACCUCGACAACCUGAAGUAUCGCCAGUUCCCACCAACGCCGCCAAGUCCGCCACGCAGCUGAUUACUCAUCUCAACGAAUACCGCCGACUUCUCUGGGCAGAUCAUUGCCCUGAACAAGACCCGAUGUCAGUCUCUUCUCAGCUGCGAAAUUUGAUCGGGAAUGACGAAACUGUCUGUCCGGACAUUGCGGAAGGUUGGAGGACUCAGGUUUCAGACCUAGCCGCGUUCAUUGUCAACAAAAAAGACUACCUCGAAAAGGCUCGCCUUCUGAUAUCUGACUUCGUCAGCUCGGCCCACGUCAUCGCCGGCACACCGGUGGCCCUCAAAAUGCUUGCCAACCACGUCCGAUUUCAACCCUCAUUUAUUGUGAUAGAUGAGGCCGGCCGAAUGUCGGAGAAUAUGUGCGUGAUGCCGAUUUCCAGUUACCCCACUACCCCAGCAAUCUGGAUGGGCGACAAUCAGCAAUUUGGACCUCGAGCCGCAGCAGACCAGGACCGUGAGUACAAACCCCUCUUCACACAACAACGUCGACGAAGCCUGCUGCGACGAGUCGAAGGUGCGGGACAGAUUGACUUCACGUUGUCCAUCAAC